AUCUUCUUCUUCUCUUAUGUAGUACAUAUGUACUGUGCAUACAGUCAAACCUCACAUAACACCACAACUUCAUAUAUUUGGAUGCUACAUAACGAGAACCACGAACGACGUUCCUUUCUACCGUACCUAGAUAUCAAAUCCGUGCAUUGAAUAUGCAUAAAGAUAGGUAGGUCCCUAGUCAAGUUAGGUCAUCGUGUGGUAUAUGUUACUAUAUAACCAUCAAAUAAAUAGGGAACUUUAGAGAACUCAUGGAAAGAGGGGGGCGGCGAUAAUCCCUAACUGGGAAAAAUACCAGGCCUGCUAUCUCCAACCACGUGAUUUUCAUAUGCAGUUACAGCAUUCAGAACCAACAUCUUUGCUCUUGGUUUACGAUAUAUAGGUCUUGAUUGUUCUGGUUGGAUUUCUUGAUGUAUACUCUUGGAACUUGAUAUCUCAAGCUUUAGCUAGUUCACCGACAACUUUGAUUAGAGAUGGCAGACCAACCGUCCGCUCCAAGCCCUGCUGCCACUCCGCAGCUAGAAACAGCACAGACAGAGACAGAGACGCCGCCAGCAGAAGCGUCACAUGAUCUACUGGAGGCAAACCCCGAGCUUGAAGAAGAGGAGGAAUUCGACGAGGAUGCUGAUUCAGCAUUAGGAAAUGAUAAUGCCAGCAGUACGAACUCCCUCACCUCAAGCAUUAUGGAGUAUCGCACCAUCAAAGGCCGGACGUACCACAGCGAGAAGCACGAAUCCAAGUACUUUACGCCAAACGACGAGCAGCAGAUGCAGUCUCAGGACAUCACACAUCAUUAUCUAUCUAUUCUUCUAGAUGACAAACUCUUUCUUGCACCUAUCAAGGAAGACAUCGAGAAAGUGUUAGACGUCGGAACUGGAACUGGAAUUUGGGCCAUCGACAUGGGUGACCGAUACCCAAACGCUGAAAUCACGGGAACAGACCUGUCCCCAACCCAGCCGCUGUGGGUUCCGCCGAACGUGAAGUUUGAGAUCGAUGAUUGCACCAAGCAGUGGACAUGGGCGCCCAACAGCUUCGAUUUCAUUCACAUGCGUUACCUGUUUGGUGCCAUCUCCGACUGGAACGAGCUCUUGGCCAACGCUUAUCGUUGCUGCAAGCCUGGAGGUUGGGUCCAAUCUGCCGAGAUGGAUGUUUUUCUGAACUCAGACGAUGGAACCCUCAAGGAGGAUAGCACCAUUAUCAAGUUUUGGAAUCCUCUUUGGAGAGGGAUGACCAAGAAGCUGGGGGUCAGUUUCCAGGUCCUGGAAGACAGGUCCCAGAACAAGGGAUUCGAAGAGGCUGGAUUCGUGGAUAUCGAAGAAGUGAAUUACAAGGUACCUAUCGGCGGAUGGGCUCGGGAUCCCAAGCUAGCGGAAGUUGGCGAGUACACACUACUUGCUCUACUCAACGAUCUUUCAGGCUACACCCUGCUCCCGUGGAAUGUGGUGCACGGAGAAGAUACUCCAGGAUAUCACGAGACCCUAGCGCAUCUGCGUAAGGAGUUCAAGUCAAAGGCUAUCCACGGAUACAUGACACUUCGAUUCGUAUAUGGUCGAAAGCCUGAGAGUGCGUAGGUUGGGAUUGAAUCUACGGGGUGAUGUUGAGAGAACUAUAUGGACGAUUUCAACUUCUGAUUGCUAUUCUAUUCCAAACCCUAAAAUAUUACCUUUCGUUAAGUUCAAGACGUAGUUAUACCUGAGUCCCCCAGGUCUAAAACUUAUCUACCUACGUAUAAACCAAUAACAUUAGGCCGGGAAAGGCCUGUAAAUACAUGGAGAUAUGAACAUUGAGACUUUUGGCCUCCAAAAUAAGCAAUCAUCAAUCAGAAUUCAGCUGUAUUCCCUAUCGCGUAUAAAAAACGCCUCCUUCGUAACGAUGUUGGGCUUUUGACAGCGCCACAUCGAUAUUGAGGUCACUCGCCUACAAAUGAGUGUGGUAGAAAC